AGAAUUAAAAGAAGAGAAAGGGAAGAAAGGUUGAUCAAACACUAUUUUUAAAAAAACUACAAAAUGAUGCUCACUGGCAAAGGUGGCGAGAAAUCUCGAUGGAGUAAGGUGUGGUAUUCGACCAAAAGUUAUUUCACGAACGUUUGUCGUGUUUAUCUCGACUUUGCUGGACCUCUUUUGCUGUUAGUUGCCGUGAAUAUGGCGAUUGAUUCGCAGGACAAGGAGCGUUUUGGAUUGGGUUGGUUGUAUUGCACAGGCCUUAAAAGUGAUCAGGAGCGAGAGGUGAAAUUUCCACCACAUGAACCUUCCAGCGCUGCUCAACGUCGUCGAGUGGAGGCCGCCAGCGCUGUCGAUGCUGUGGCUUCCCUUUAAAAUGAAGAGAAAUAAAGAACAUCGAAAUAAAAGGCAAAGAAGAGGAAAAUAAAAAAAAGAGGAACAGGAAGAAGGGGUUCACAGCUUGUGUGAGACCUUUGGCAGGAGAAAUCAGCUACAACCUCCACAAAUUUUUUCUUUUCUAAUUUUCCACUACAGCGCAUCCUCCAGAUCUUUGUUGAGAGGGAGUGUUUGGUUUGUUCGGAACUUAUGCCAUGACGUUUUUUCAAAUGAUGUGGGGAAAAAAAAUAGCGGAAGGUGGAAGAGGAAGGGAGUAUAAUGUGUCCCUUAGUUCUAAUGAAAGUAAAACGA